AUGGCACCCACAAAGCAGGAGCUCUCCCUGCUCGUCAACCCCCUCGUCCCCGAGGCUGUGCAGCACAAUAACCGGGUUCUAUCCUCCCUUCACUCCCUAACAGCCUUCCUCCUCGGCCUCUCCGCCGGCGUCCUCGCCCUCCAAUCCACCUUCGGCUUCGCCUUCUACUUCACCGGCACCGUGCUCGUCUCCGCCCUCUUCCACGCCGUCCUCCUGCAGCGCUCCUCUGGCGCCGGGGCCGGCGCCUUCUUCCCCGGCAGCAACGGCGAAAUUGAGGGCCGCAUUGGCAUUGAUAAGAAUGGGGUGGUGCGUAUGGAGAAGAAGGGGGGGCCUGGUGGAUUUGUGUUGCGUUCGGGUGCUUGGAGGGAUGUUUGGUUUGGAGGGGGUGUUUUGAGUGAGGCCCUUAGUGGGUUUGUGUUGGGGUGGGCUGGUGUUGGGGGAGUUCUGAGGUAG